AUGGCAAAAAUUAAGAAAAGAGCAUCCAGAGGUCUUCUUAAAAAACACAAAACAGUCGGUAGAUCACAAAAGAAAAAGAAAAACUUCCAAGGAGCACCAGAGCUUAAAGAAUUUUGGGACCCAGAAAAGUCAGGAAAAGCUAACUAUGAAAGUUUAGGGAUCCGCACAAGCAUUGAUACUCCAACUGAUACCCCGUUUAAAAAAGAAGCUUUAAAUGCUCUAACAAAAAACUCUGACUUCUCUUCCUUUUAUAUUCGACAAAUAUUGGUAUUAAUAGAUUGGCCUAUUUUUAAAUUUAAAAAAAAAAUUUAUUGUUUUAAUAGGUAAAAACAAUAAUUUCUUUAAUACCCAAUUUAAUGCCACCAACCAAAAGGGAAAUUCACUUAUAACUUGUCAUUUAAAAUGCGACUAGCAUAUUAUUUAAGUAAAUUUAAUACUUUUGAUAUCAAUUAAUUUAUCAUAAAAAUUAAAAAACAAAAUUUGUCAUGCUUUUAAUAAAAUAAUUUUUGUUUCAAUUUAAAUCGGGGAAGUGAGCAUGUCCCUACAAAAGAAAAACUGGCAGAUUGGGAAAUACAGAUCAUUGAAAGCAUGAUAAAGAAAUAUAGAGACGACUAUAAAGCGAUGUCGAAGAACAUAAAAAUCAACACAUGGCAAUGGACUGCAAAUAAAAUCCGAAAAAUGAUUGAAAAAUACAAUAGCAUAAAUAGCUAA